AUGAAAUUUACUCUCGUCAGCAUGAUUCUCGCCGCGGGUGCCCUCGCCGCGCCCGAGAAGCGUGACGGCCCCGGCAUCGUCAAGGCGGCCGACAGCCAGAUUGGCAUCGACUACGUCUACGGCGGCGGCGGCUGCAAGGGUCCUUCCAAGGGCGGCUACGACUGCUCCGGCCUGACCCAGUACUCUGUCUGCAAGGCCCAGGGCAAGACUAUCCCCCGCACCGCGCAGGAACAGUACCACUCGUCCAUGGGCAAGCACCUGCCCCGCGCGCAGGCCAAGGCCGGCGACAUGCUCUUCUGGGCCACCAACGGCGACUGCAAGAACCACGUCGCGCACGUCGGGAUCUUUGUCAAGGCCGGCACCAUGGUCAAUGCCGCGCACACGGGCACCAAGGUCCGCCAGCAGGCCAUCUGGACCUCGAGCGGCGGCGAGUCCAUCUGCCCGGAUGCAGUGCGGUUCUGGUAG